AUGUCAGGAUCUGAACAGCUAACGGCAGUAAAGAAGGAGAGUGAAGAAGAAUUUGAUGAUUUCCUACAAGAGUAUCUGUUUACAACUCAGAAAGAGAAUGGAGAACCUGAACUGGAACAUGAAUGUAAGACUGAAAUAUUCAUGUCAUUACAAGAAAUUAAAAAGGAAGACAUUUCUUCAGAUCUUCGUGAUGACACAGAAUAUUUUCUAAGAGGAGACAUUCAAAGGAAUCAAGCUAUUAAAUCAGAACACAGGAAGGAAAAGCACUCAUGUAGCCAGGAGACGUCAUACCAGAGAUUAUCACAGGAGUUGGAAACCAGGAAGGAGCUGCUCACUGGCCAUCAGAAUACUCAUUCUGUUGACAAACUACAUCAAUGUUCUCAGUGUGGAGAAGCCUUUAUUAACGAGUACACUCUUAAGGAACAUCAGAGGAUCCACACGGGAGAAAAGCCACAUCAGUGUUCGCAGUGUGGAAAGGCCUUUACACAAAAGGGUCAUCUCAAGAUACAUCAGAGGAUCCAUACAGGAGAAAAGCCACAUCAGUGUUUGCAGUGUGGAAAGGCCUUUACACAAAAGUGUGAUCUCAAGAUACAUCAGAGGAUCCAUACUGGAGAAAAGCCACAUCAGUGUUUGCAGUGUGGAAAGGCUUUUACACAUAAGAACAAUCUUCAGGCCCAUCAGAGGAUCCAUUCUGGAGAAAAGCCACAUCAGUGUUCACAGUGUGGAAAGGCCUUUACACAAAAGCGUGAUCUCAAGAAACAUCAGCUGAUCCAUACUGGAGAAAAGCCACAUCAAUGUUUACUGUGUGGAAAGGCCUUUGCACAGAAGUUUAAUCUCAAUCUACAUCAGAGGACCCAUACUGGAGAAAAGCCACAUCAGUGUACUACAUGUGAAAUGACCUUUAGUCAAGACUCCAGCCUCAAAAGACAUCAGAGGAUCCAUUCUGGAGAAAAGCCACACAAGUGUUUGCAGUGUGGCAAGGGCUUUACUCAGAAGUUGUACCUCAAAGAACAUCAGAGGGUCCAUACUGGAGAAAAGCCAUAUCCGUGUCUGCUGUGUGGAAAGGCUUUUACACAUGCAAAUAAUCUUACAAAACAUCAGAGGAUCCAUACUGGAGAAAAGCUAUAUCCAUGUUCACAAUGUGGAAAGGCCUUUACUCAAAACUCUUCUCUCAAGAGACACCUAAGGAUCCAUACAUGAAAAGACAAAAGUACUCUCAACGUGACAGGACUUUAGCACAACUUGCUAAAUUGAAAACACCGGAACCCUCUGGAGAACUGAGUGACAAUUUUAUGUGAUUUUUUAUCUAAAACAAAGAACGAAGUGAAAUGUCAGGACACCACAUCAGUGUCAGUGAGGGAAAGCAAUUAUUACAAUAUCUCACCUCAAGAUGAGACUAGAUGAUCCCUUCUGAAAAAAGAAAAACUGAUAACUGAUUGAG